AUGGCGGCACUCCUGGGCCGACAACGUUGUUGCUUUUCAUAGAGCGCGAGAUUGCUUCUUUAGCGAACAUCACGCGAUGACACGAAGGUUAACGUGCGUACCUAAGUGCUACUAGCAGAUACUCAAGUCUUGUCCUUUCUGUGUGUUCACUUGUGUUCACUGCGAACGCCCAAUGAAUAUCUGUAACAAGCGAUCUGCGGGAGCCUCAGUAAGGUAAUCCACGCGCUGUCAAAAAGAGGGUAUGGUUCCGCCAGCGCAACUACGCGCUAUAAUCAGGCGCCGGGCUGCGUCGAAGUCGCAGAAAGACGGAAGCGGUGGCAAGGCUCGGAAAAGGGACUCCAAGCAAAGUGCGAGCGACGCAUCUUCAUCUUCGAGAACAGCGGCUUGUGCUACGAACAAAAGAAAAGGACUCGCAGGCGGCGACUUCACCAAUAUCAAGAACAGGCUGUGCACCCGCUUUGGAGCAGCGUCGCAUCAGACGAACUCCGCGGCGAACAGUGAAAGCUGCGACUCGCUUGCCGAAAGCGCCGAUGAUGCCGGAAACUCGAAACCAACAAGCUACACACCGCUUGAAAGCCAAGUCGUGGCUAUCAAGCAGCGACACCCCAACACCAUCCUGCUGGUUGAAUGUGGGUAUCGUUUCCGGUUCUUCGGAGAAGAUGCGGAGUUGGCUUCCCGUGAGCUCUCCAUCAUGUGCAACCGUGACCACAACUUCAUGACAGCCAGCAUUCCGGUACACCGCCUGGGCUUCCACGUGGAGCGGCUCGUUUCCCGCGGGCACAAAGUGGGCAUAGUCCGGCAGACUGAGUCAGCGGCGCUCAAGUCGGUCGGAGCGUCGAAGUCUACCGUCUUCACCCGUGAACUGACGGCGUUGUUCACCAAGUCGACAUUGAUUGGAGAAGAACUCUCAACCGGAUGCGAAGACUCAAGCAAGGGAGGCUACUUGGUAUCCAUAUGCGAAGCCGACUGUGCGACUCCAGAUCACAUACUCGUCGGGGUCGUGGCAGCCCAGCCGACCACGGGAGCUGUUCUUUACGACACAUUCGAGGAGAGCGCGUCUUCCUGUGAACUGGAACAGAGGCUCGAAAGUCUUCAGCCAGUCGAGAUUGUUUUAUCCGAGAAGUGCCACUCCAUGUUGGAGAAGACGGUGUGCAACUUUACUAGCUCGAGUCGUGAAGGGGUCCGCGUGGAGCGGCUCCCGCCGGAAUACUUCCAGCUGUCUCCCAGCCUCGACGCUCUGACCGCCUUCUACUCGGCCAACAAGAAUUCGUCGAGCAUUGCCCAGCUGACAGCAAUCCCGCCAGUCAUCAUCUGCUGCGUUGGCUCGCUCCUCGAAUACCUGAAAGCGUUCAAACUGGAGGAAAUUCUCAGGGACAUGAACAAUUUUACUCCCAUGUCUAGUGGAUGUCGCAAAAUGGAUCUCACGGCGGCGACGCUGCGGAGGUUGGACGUGUUCCGUAACUCGACGGACGGAUCUGUAAAGGGCAGCCUGUUUGGCCACUUGGACCAUACGUUGACAGCCUUUGGUCGCCGCUUACUUUUCUCAUGGAUUGGUCAACCAUUGGCCGACUUAGAGUUGAUCAAGGAACGCCAGGAGGCUGUUGCGAACAUACUCUCCCUUGGAGCCAACAGCCUCCCUGAACUUAGAAAAUUUCUCUCAAGAAUGCCUGACGUUCAGCGCGGCCUUUGCGCGAUUUUGCACAAGAAGGUGAAGCCGUCUGACCUCGUGGAAAUACUCUCCUCUCUGUCCCGGGCACAAAGUCUCUUUUCAGCGCUCUGCACAAAUUUUUCGCUCGGCAUCACGAGCACCGCGUUGAAAAACUGCUUUGUCAAUGUCGCGAGGCUCUUGAGAGACGUUGAAGGCCAUCUCGACUGCCUGGACAUCAGUUCAGCCAAACGCGACGACAUGGCCACACUCUUCAAGGACUUAUCCGACUACCCCGACCUUCUGAAGUGCCACAAAGACGUCUCGAACAUUGAGAACAAGCUUCUUUCACUCCGGAAGGAUAUUGCCGUGCAACUCGGAGUUGCCACAUUUGACUACAAGAUGGUCAAUGGACUGCCGUACCUUGUUGAAGUUCCUGUCCAGAAAACUUCCAUGCUGCCUCGGGACUGGUUCAAAAUAAGUUCGACAAAGACCGUGAGCCGGUUCCGGCCACCUGUGGUCGAGUCUCUCUACAAGGACCUCUGCGUUGCCAAGGAAGUAGCACUUAUGCAAAGCCGCAAGUCUUGGCUUUCUUUCCUUGAGAAGCUGAGUACGAGGUACACGGACUACCAACAGGCGGUGAAGAGCAUAGCCACUGUGGACUGCUUCCUGUCGCUGGCCGAAACUGCUUCCCAAGCUGGAUACUGCAGGCCGCAGAUGCUGCCUAAAGACCCGGCCACGAUCCGGAUUGUCCAGGGAAGGCAUCCAGUGCUGGAGCUGAGUUGCGCGCAGCAGCAGUACGUGAGCAACGACACUGACCUCAAUGAGACCAUGCGCUGUUGCAUCAUCACCGGUCCCAACAUGGGCGGCAAGAGCUCAUACAUGCGGCAAGUGGCCCUCGUUGUCAUCAUGGCGCAUCUUGGCUCUUACGUGCCAGCCGAAUCUGCAGCCAUCAGCCUGAUCGACGGCGUCUUUGUCAGAAUGGGGGCCGAGGACGACAUCACUCGCUGGCGAAGCACGUUCCUGAGCGAAAUGCUGGAGACCACUGAAAUCCUGGACAAAUGCACCGACCACUCGCUGGUCAUCGUGGACGAGCUGGGCCGAGGCACCGCCACGCACGACGGCACCGCCAUUGCUUGGGCUACGCUUCGUCACAUCGUGGAAGAGAAACGGUGCUUGGCCUUGUUCGUAACACAUUACCCACCAGUCACUCGGAUGAAAAAUCUCCAUCCGAGCAACGUCCUGAACUGUCACACUGCCUUUGACGUUGAUCACGAAGAGGCAGUGACGUUUCUGUACAGUUUACAGCCCGGCGCAGCUGAAAAGAGUUACGGUCUCAAUGUUGCCAGACUCGCAAAGAUUCCGGAGCACGUCAUCGCCCGCGCACGCGAGAAAGCAACGGAGCUUCAAGAGGUGAUGAAGGCCAAAGAAGAACUUCAGCUGGAAGCAUGUCGCAUUAUGUUAAGUGAAAGCCCCGGAUAGCAAGAACCUCCCUUAGAUAAGCACUUCUGAUUGUUAGGUACUUGUACAGUUGAUUUUAUCUGUUUCCGUAUGCAUGUUUGUUUGUCCCAUGAAUUCUUUUGCGAGUGCUGAGCAGUUGUGCAGAUUUGAGCUGUGUGUGGUUGUAAAAACUAACUCGACAAUGUGCUUGCCAGUACUGAAACUUAACUACCUUCGAUGGUGUAAUAAAACACUGCUGGGAGCUAAGUUGCGAGAUGAACACUGAUUGAUUUAUCAUUAUAGGGAUUCACCAUCCCCUCAGGCGCUGUAGCGAAGGCCUCUGAAUUAAUUUUAACAGACUGGGUUUCGUUAACUUGCACUUGGAUCUUGGUACCUGUGUGUGCUCGGUACUUGAGAGGCAAAUCUUACUAUAAACCAAAAAACAGCUGCUAGAAAAGUCAUUAAUCAACUGUAAAUAGAAAAUAUACGAAGACCCUUCUUUCUGCAUGAUUGCAUGAAAUAUCUUAUGCCCAGAAUUAAAAGGCUGUAGGAAUUGAAAUAAAUUUAGCCAUUGAGACAAUGCAAAUGAAAUUCUGUAUACAAGAAACAUUGGAGGUGGCAUGGAUUAUACAAUGCCUUAGUAGAAGUAGGUCCUGAAAUUCGUUAGGCUACGUUUGAGGAACAAUAGAAAGUUGACACAAGAUAGGACUCAUUAUAAGGUCAUUGUUUACUGGGCAAGUGUUGGUGAACGUGGUGCUCUUGAAGUGCUAAUGGCACUUUUUAGAGCCAGACACAUGAGAUUGAUUUUGGCACCUCCAAUGAUCAAACAGGCAUCAUUUACUAGGUUCUUAUUCUUGGCAUAGGAUGGCAGGCUGUUUUUUUCUGUAUGAAGCUAGCAUUCUGCUUUCUACUCAAUCUAGCUUUGUUUUCGGAGCAGCGAACACCGAGCAAAAUGUCUUUUUUUUUCCAUUGCCACAUAUUUAGAUAGGACCUGCCGAUAUCUAAGGCUUCCUUUCAAGCACAGGAACAAAAACAAAAAAAUAAACACAGAACUGGGCUUUGUCUAACAACCGUUCGUUCCGGAGGGCCGGAAUCAUCUUGAAGGUUUAUGAAGGGGGCAAGCGCACAAGUCGUGACGUGCGACCAGUUCUGCUGCGGCCUAUCGAAAAGUGCAUAAGCAGAAAGGAAUCAGAGCGAGUCGCGUCAACUGAAAUGUCCACCGUCAGUAGCGGUCCCGGAGGUGAGCGAAAAGUUCGGAGAUUCGCCGGGUGAGCGGCACGUAGUCUCGGAGGGUAAGGUAGUCGCGCAGGUUACGUUGGCCGUCAUGCUCCAGGUGCUGCAACUCGUCGGGCAUCGCGUCGCGCUCUACUUCCGGCCCAAGCUCCACUUGGAAGCGCUCCAUGCCGAACAGCAGCUUGCACAGAAGCUGAAUCAUGCGCUGGUGCACCUCUUUAAACAUCUCCUGGAAGGGCUUCUGGUAUUUGAUCUGAUCCAACAUGGCUUGCUCCACGGCCAGCUCGUAGUACUGCAGGGAGUCGUAUGCCGUCUGGAACACCGUCUGGUAUGCGUCCUCCGGCGUCGUGGACUCAUCCAACUUGUCCGUUGGAAUUUCAGGCAGCCACGCUUGUUUGUAGUGUUCCACGGACUUCUCGAACUCUGAGUCGGAGAAGACAGCUUUGACAAACCUGUGCUUCGCGUCGUCGGCGUCUUCGCUGGCAGCCAGUGAGGUGCUGGCCAUGGAGUCAAGGACCUUGUACGUGGUCGUUGAGCUCGAGUCCGUGUCAUCGUCCACGUCGAACAGGUUGCACGAGCCAGCCCACCAGGGGUAUUGGUUCUCGCUGGAAUGUGAAGAUAGCCAUCCGGGGUGUACGUUCGGGAACUAACUUUGUUUCAUGCAUCAGGCACAAUGCUGUAGAAGCUCGCGAGACUUGCAGCAGAUGCGUUUGCACCAAGAAAUAGUUCUAUGGUUUUAUCACCCGUAAUGCAAUUUUUUUCCCGUUUUUAGACAGUGAUAAAUGAAGACGCUUUGCGCAUUAAAAAUAAACAAACCCCGUUGUUUAUACGGUUAUCAAUAGGUUGUUCUAGAUCACUUGGCAUCUCUGUUUUAACGUCAUGGCCUCCGCGAUUAGUUCCCGUAGUGUACAGCCGGAGCCAAUUGCGGAGGCCACAUUUACAAUGAUGAAAUCCAAGCGUGAGACGCCUGGACUUUUACAUUUUGCUGACCGAACUUCUUGCAUAGAAUCAUUGCUGCUGCUAUAAUAAAACACUGAUGGUAGCUCAUCUGGGUGAUUACUACUGAUUUGUUAAUUGAUUGUUCGGGAUUUGGCAUCUAUGCAUAGUAAAGGUGCUGCAGGGAAGGCCUCUGAAUUACCACUAACGGUCUGGUGUUCACUGGCACAUACCGAAAUCUUGUUACUUGGAUGGUGUUUAAUGUUCAGGCAAUAAAUCUGAGCAAAAAAAUAAAAGAGCUUUAAGUUCCCUGUUUGGCUAUAUGAAAAUCCUGGAAGUAUGCUCAGUUCCAGCUUUGUGUUUGAUUACAUGAAAUCUUUUAUGCUCGUAAUUUAGAGACUGUGGGAACCAAAAUAAACUUAGGCAUGUGGACAUUAUAAAUUUUCGUAUAUCGCAAGGGUUGAAUGCAUCAUGCGACGGCCUAUAGUUCCACUAAAAAGAGCAGACACUCAAAAUAUGUGGACGUUAUCAGACGAUUUGGGAAUGACAGAAGAGACGUAGUCACAUUCGUUGUGAGAUUGUUAGGUUUAUUGACCGAGUCUUGCAACUUUUGAAACGAAAUGCGUGGUAUUUAUUUCACUUUGUUGAAUCCCUAUUCAUUAUGUAAAGCUUUGACUUUCAGCUGUUGGAAGCACAGGGAUCUCGCAGUAGUGGCACACAAAAAUGUAUACUAGCGGGUUCCUGUCAACUCACUUCAGGGGUUCCCGAACAUAGUGUUUUAUUUUUUAUUUGUAAAGAGGUCGUGGAGCGGGGCUCGUGCUCAGAUGGUUUU